AGUACAGACGGAAGUUUAUAGGUUCUGUUGUCGAAACCGGCGUGAGCACGGAUCCCGUCUCUGCGGUGAUAAGUCACAUAACAAGCCAAUGAGAACUGUCGCAGUCAUCGGAGGGGGGAUUGGGGGUUUGGCAGCAUCUUACUACCUGUGCAAGAGUCCCCAGGUUACCAAGGUUGUAGUUUUGGAGUCCAGCAGCCGGUUUGGGGGUUGGCUGUGGUCCACUAGGAGGUCCGACGGGGCCAUAUUUGAACAUGGACCCAGAGGGAUCCGACCUGCUGGGGCAGUGGGACGCAACACACUCAACAUGGUGGAAGACCUGGGUCUUGCGGGGGAGAUUCUGCCGGUCACCCACAGUCAUGUGGCGUCGAAGAACAGAUACCUGUAUGUGAAGGGACAGCUGCACAGGAUGCCGUCAGGAAUCAGUGGACUUGUGCGGACAGUCCCACCCUUCUCUCGCCCCAUCCUGUUGAGUGUUGCCAUGGAGAUACUGGUGAAGAAAAGCAAGGAGGAUGACGAGACUAUCCACUCGUUUGUCUCGAGGAGGCUGGGAGAGGAGCUUGCAGACAUCGCUGUGGACAGUUUGUGUCGCGGCGUGUUUGCAGGCGACUGCAGGAAGCUGAGUGUGCGCUCCUGUUUUCCUGUGUUGUACAACGCAGAGCAGCACAGAGGUUCCCUGAUCCUGGGUAUGCUGCUGGGCUCAGGUCCCGGUCCUGCGGUCCCCCCUGGCCCUCUGGCUCAGAGAUCUGUUAAAGAGUCAUGGGCCCAGUGGUCCCUGAGCAAGGGGGUGGAGUCCCUCCCAGAAUCCAUCACUGACUCCCUCCUACAGAGCAGGAGGGUGGAGCUUCACAGAGAUGCAGGUGUUAAACACAUCUGUCCUUCAGCCUCUGGUUGGAAGAUCCAUCUGGAGGACGGAGUCGUAUCAGCUGAUCACAUCAUCUCUGCUCUGCCAGCUAAAGCCCUCUCCUCAGCCUUGCCGUCCUCCUGUCAACCUCUCAUCCAGGAGCUGCAGGAAAUCUCCACGGUAACAGUUGCUGUGGUAAAUCUGGAGUAUGAUGGUUCCAUCCUGCCUGUAAUGGGUUUUGGUCACCUGGUUCCAUCAUCAGAGGAUCGGGGUCUGAUGGGGAUCGUCUACGACUCCGUUCCCUUCCCUCAACACAACAGACCUAAUGGACAGACCACUAGACUGACGGUGAUGAUGGGCGGGGCCUGGUUCCAGGAAGAGUUUGGGGACCCAGAUGCAGUAACAGAGAAGCGUCUUUUAGAGAGAGCCACUGAGGCGGUGCAGAGCCACCUGGGAGUCACCUCAGCGCCCAGCUGGAGUCGGGUGGCACUGCAGAGGGACUGUAUACCUCAGUAUUAUCUAGGACACCAUCAGAGAGUAGAGUCCAUGCGUAGCUUCAUAAGGAAAACUAAUCUCCCGCUGUCUCUCACUGGCUCCUCCUAUGAUGGCGUGUCAGUGAAUGAUGUCAUCUUCAGUGGACGGACAGCUGUAGAGCAGCUGUUGGGGACUGUAGUCUGAUGGAGCAGAUGCACACACUCGUGUCUCCAAAGCCUUUUUUCAGUUCAUCAUUUCUAUCAUUUGGACUUGAUGUCUGUAAGUCUCUGUCACUCAGGUAUCACACACAUGAACACCAGCAACCAUUAUCUUUCUACCCAUAAUGCCACACUGCUCUACAAGCACAAACAGGCCUGUUGUCUUCUGGGCUCUCUGCCUGUAGCUGUGGUGGUUUGUUCAACAUUUACCUGGAGAUGAGAAGUGACGUGUGGUCAGUACAAACACUGAAUUGUGAAGUCCUCUUUUGUUCAGUGCCACUGCGUAUGAUUAAAUUAAUAAUUGAUUAAUAUUGUAUUAUAAUAUAACAGUGUGUAAAUAAUAUGAUGGGUUGUGUUAAUAAAUCCAGUAUGAGAAUGUGUCAUGGCUGAGCUGAUCCAGACUCUGCAGGCCCAGGUGUCUCUGCUUUGACCCUAGUUCUAGUCCUCAUGCUCUCCAGUGCCUGAUCCACUGAUGUGACUUGCACCAAUCAAAGCCUUAUUAAGCUGUUGUUGUCAUCUUCUCAGAGGUUUUAUUACUGACUGAUGUGAUGCGAGCACAUGUGACCUGCAGCAGCUGAUUUCUAUAUUAUUCCGUUAUUACAUUCAGGAGUGGAGGUAUGUUGUACAGAUCAGGCCUGAGAACACGUGGGCUUCCUCAUGUUGACAAUGAGGCCAUAAUGUCACAAUGUGUGAAACUGAGUUACACAUAAACACUGUUUAAGUCUACUAUAACUAUCACUGCCAUACAUCUGUAAAGAAAAUCACUAAAUUGUAUUUAAUUCCUCUUAAACUCUGUAAAAUAAGAAACCUUAAAAAGGGAACAA